UCGUUCCAAACGUUCUAAAAAAUGAAUUGUUUUUUUUCACAACUUCAGAGACAAGUUCCCGAUAAAAUACUAGCCUCUUGUUUUUUCACCUCUGCCUUUCAACUUCGCGCACUCACAGCUGGAGAAGAAGAAGACCGUUCGCCGGAGAAGAGAAGCACGAUCGACCUUGAAUCCGACUUCACUCUCAAGUUCGACCGACGGAAUACACUAGCCCUCUUUUUUCACCUCUGCCUUUCAUCUUUGCACACACAGAACUGGAGAAGAAGAAGACCGAUCGCCGAAUAGAAGCACGAUCGCCGGAGAAGAGAAGCACGAUCGUCGGAGAAGAGAAGAGAAGCACGAUCGCCUGAGAAGAGAAGAGAAGCACGAUUGGGUUUGCCCUUUUGAUCUCUGCUCGUUGUUGCUCAAACAGGGAGUAGUUAUGGAAGGAAGUAGGGAUGAUAUAAUUGUAUCCCUUCUUGUAUCAGCUUUGCUUGACAAAUUAUCCUCAUCAGAAGCGUUAAGGGAAUUUGGAUCCCAAUGGUCUGUGCAACCUGCUUUACGUGAACUCUCUCAAGUUCUUAAGAAAAUUGUAAAACUGCUCAAUUUUGCAGAGCAAGCUCAAAUGAAGAAUAUUGUACAGAAAGAAUGCCUUAGGAAUCUCAGGGAUGUUGCUUACCGAGCUCAGGACAUAUUGGAUGAGUUCAUCUAUGAAGCUCAUAAAGCUCACAAGGAAAAAGAUCUUGGUCGAAAGGUACGUUUCGUGCACUUCCCCUCUAACUUGAAAGAAAAUGGCGGGCUUUUACAUAGACAAGAAAUUGAACCUCUUAUAUAUGAUGAACUCAUAAAUAAACUAGUGGAGAUUGAGAAGGAACUUAAAGAUCACUAUCUCAGAGACUCAGUAAAUUGGAAAUCACAUAAUGUAAAUGAUGAAAUAGAUACCAGGCCAAAGAGUGGUUCUCUAGUUGAUGAGUCUAUUACUUUGGGGAGAAAGAAAGAGCAAGAUGAAAUUAAAAAAAAGUUGUUGUCAUAUUCAGAUGAUGCAAAUAAAAAAAAAGUUUCUGUUAUUGCCAUUGUUGGAUUAGGUGGUGUAGGCAAGACGACUUUAGCCCAGCUUGUCUAUAAUGAUCCUGAUGUAGAGAAACAUUUUGAAAGCAGAAAAGCUUGGGUUUGUGUGUCCACUGAUUUUAAUGUUGUGAGAUUGACCUCUGCAAUUCUGGAGUCCUUGACUGGGGAAAAUCCUAAUCUGAGCAACCUAGAGCCACUUCAACGUAAAUUGAUGAAGGAAUUAAGGGGGAAACGAGUUUUAAUUGUCUUGGAUGAUGUUUGGACUGAAAAGGAAACCGAUUGGAAAGAUCUGAGAGUAAUAUUCAUGGCGGCAGGGAGAGGAAGUAGAAUAAUAGUAACAACUCGAAGUAGGAGAGUUUCUUCAAUAAUGCACCCCAUUUAUACCCAAGAUCUACAGAUUUUAUCUGAUGAAGAGUGUUGGUCAAUAAUGGAAAGGCGCAUAUCAAUGGAUUAUGGCUCUAUUGCUCCCAACAUGGAAGAAGUGGGUAGGAAGAUUGCAAAGAAGUGCAAAGGAUUGCCCUUGGCAGCAAGUACGCUUGCAGGCCUUUUAUGCUCUUCUUCUUCUUCAGAUUUAAACCAUUGGGAAGAAGUGUUGAAUAGUUCCAUGUGGGAGUUAUUGGAAGAGAGCAAUUUGCCAGCUGCUCUAAGUCUAAGCUACUAUUUUCUUCCCACAUAUUUGAAGCAGUGUUUUGCUUAUUGUUCUUUAUUUCCUAAAGAUUAUAAAUUCUAUAAGCAACCUCUGAUCCAACUGUGGAUGGCAGAAGGAUUUGUUAGAUCGAACGCUACAAGAAUGGAAGACAAAGGUAGCCAAUAUUUUGAUGAUUUGCUGCAUAGGUCUUUCUUCCAGCACAACAAUGGAGGUAAGGGUCAAUUUGUAAUGCAUGACCUUGUACAUGAUUUAGCAGAAGCAGUGUCAGGAGAGGUAUAUGGUAGAAUUGAGUUUGGGGAAUCGUGCCAUAGCUUUACUAAAGAGACCCGUUAUUUGUCCACUUGUUGUACGAAACACUUGUUUGAUCAGGACAAAAAUCAUGGUCACGCCAAGAAGUUAUCCACAUUUGUUGUACGAAACACGUGUUUGGAACGGAUUAAACCUAUUGAAUCCUUUGGAGGAUUGAGAUACCUACGUGUCUUAGAUUUGAGUCAUUAUGAUUUUCCAAUGCUUCCCAAUGAUAUUGGCUAUUUGAAAUACCUACAUUAUAUUAACCUCCCUUUUGCUCCAUGCAUUCAACGAUUACCUGAGUCAUUGUGUGAUCUUCACAAUCUACAGUCACUGAUACUCCGUUUUUCCGGAAUACGUGAGUUCCCUAGAGGCAUCAAGUAUCUACGCAAUCUCCAACAUCUAGACCUUUAUGGAUGUCCCAUACUUUCCAUGCCACAAGGAAUUGGGAGAUUAACUAGUCUCAAGACAAUGCCAUAUUUCCCUAUCUCAAUAAAUGAUGACGGUCGUGGAAUAAGAGAGCUCAAGGAGCUAAAACAGCUUGAGGGGGCGCUUUCAAUCCGCAUCCCAGGGAAUGUGAUUGAUCCUUUGGAUGCUCUGGAAGCUGAUUUGAUGAAUAAGAAAAAAGUUGAUGAGAUUAGUUUUUUGUGGAGAGACGGAGGUGAUAAAGAUGUUGAGGUUUUUGAAAGUUUACGACCUCACAGUGAGCUGAAGCAUUUAGAGAUGAGAAAUUACGGUGGGUCAACAUUUCCAAGAUGGUUGAUGAUAGAGUUGCCAAGAUACAAGAAGUUAGUCUCUCUAAAACUAAUACGCUGCAUGGAAUGCCAAGUCCUCCCUCCGAUUGGGGAGCUACCCCUAUUGGAAUCUCUGUACGUACAAGACAUGAAUAAGUUGGAAGAGUGGUCUAGCUCUGGAGGAGAGGGACCCGAAUUCCCUAGCCUCUUAAGUCUAACCAUUACAAUGUGUCCCAAACUGAGGAUACUACCACAGCCACUUCUGUCAAGUCCGAGAUUAUGUGAAUUGCGUUUCAUUGGCUGUCCAAUGCUCAGGAUGUUGCCUCAUGGAGGAUUAAGCAGACUCACCUCACUCAAAAAUAUUCGUCUUGGGUAUGAGAUGGAAGAGUUGGUGCAGUUUCUGGAUGGGACUGAGAGUCUACCUCCAAAUAUUAAUCGCUUUUAUAUCCAUAAUUGUACAUCGCUACCCAAGGGGUUGAGAAACCUGUCUUCACUCCAACAUCUGGAUUUUGGUUCAUAUUGUAUACAUCAAUACAGCCCCGAGGAGCUCCCCACAAAUGUCAUCGUUACUAAAAAUUGCUAUUGGUGA